CUUCCCUUUACAAAUUAAAUAUCUUCCUACACCUAAAAAUAUUGGAUAAUUCCCAUUUUGAUUCCAAAAAAAUAAAUAAAAAAUCCCACUUCAAAAAAUAUAAAAUAAUAAUAUUUAAUUCCACUACCAAGACCAAGUCUUUUUCCCCUAAAGUUUCUACAAAUUUCUCCACUACCCACAUCAUAUUACUUCCUAAAAUCUUCCUCACCAGUCACCAGUGAAAAAUCUUGCCGGAAUAUAUAUUUUUUCGGUAAUGGAAAGCUUUAAUUUUGGUAUUGUUGCUACUGCAGUAGUUCUAUUUCUUCAGUUAUCUGUAUUUGUUUCAGCUCAGAAUGCUAAAAGUUCAUGGCUUACCCUUGAUGGCUCCCCACCGUUAGUUAUUGCACGUGGUGGAUUCUCGGGAUUUUAUCCUUCGUCUAGUUUUUAUGCCUAUAGUUUGGCAAUGGAGACUUCUGUGCCAGAUGUUGUCUUAUGGUGCGAUGUUCAGUUAACGAAGGAUGGAGUUGGCAUAUGCUUCCCCGACAUCAAGCUUGAUAAUUCAUCUGAUAUCAAGUAUGUGUAUGACAAAAGGUCUAGUACUUAUGCCGUUGAUGGUGUUAAAAUAACAGGGUGGUUCUCAGUUGAUUUUACCGCCAAAGAACUAUUAUCGGCUGUCUCUUUAUCUCAAGGAGAUUAUACUCGAAGUCCAAAUUUUGACUCCAGUCAGUUCCGUAUUCAGACUGUAUAUAAUGUGUUCACACAAAACAAGCCUGCGGGUUUGUGGUUAAGUCUUCAGAAUGAUGCUUUCUAUAGCCAGCAUAAUCUGAGCAUGAGAAGUUUUGUCAUUAGUGCUUCAAGAAAAGUGGUCAUUAGUCAUAUCUCGUCGUCUGAUGUCAACUUUUUACGAGGCCUUGCAAGACCUUUUGCAUCGACCAAGACCAAACUGGUUUUCCAAUUUCUCGAUAAAGAUGCAACUGAACCUUCAACCAAUCAGACUUAUGGUUCUCUUCUAAUGAACCUUUCUAUGAUUAAGGCAUUUGCUUCUGGAAUCCUCGUCCCAAAAAGUUACAUAUGGCUGGUUGAUGCAACCUUGUACCUCACAUCUCAUACUUCUCUGGUGGCGGAUGCUCAUAAAGUCGGGCUUGAAGUUUUUGCGUCAGAUUUUGCAAAUGAUGUUUCUAUUGCAUAUAACUUUAGUUACAAUCCAGUUGCUGAGUACCUCUCUUUCAUUGACUAUGGAGACUUUUCUGUAGAUGGUGUGCUGUCUGACUUCCCGAUAACGCCAUCGGAAGCGAGGGAGUGCUUUGCCCACAUGGAUGCUAAUGCAUCACCACAAGUUAAAUCGUUGGUUAUAUCAAACAACGGGGCAAGUGGAGACUACCCGGGUGGUACUGAUGUGGCAAACCAACAUGCUAUUCAAGACGGAGCCGAUGUGAUUGAUUGUACUGUUCAAAUGUCAAAGGAUGGAAUACCUUUCUGUUUGAGCUCUGUCAAUCUUUUGAACACCACGCUAAUUGGUCAGACGGAAUUUAGGAGCCUUUUAUCAACUGUGACUGAAAUCCAGACGACUCCUGGAAUUUUUUCGUUCAGUCUGAACUGGACUGAUAUUCAAGGCUUGACUCCUGUGAUACGGAAUCCCUACUCAGAUUAUAACCUCCUCAGAAAUCCUAAAUACAGGAAUGCUGGGAAAAUUGUAUCCUUGUCCGACUUCUUGGACCUUGCCAAAAACGCAACUUCACUUUCUGGUGUCUUAAUCCAGAUAAAUAAUGCAGAAUAUCUGGCAGUAAAAGAGGGCCUCAGUGUUACUGACGCAGUUACGAAAGUGUUGGACAAAGCUGGUUAUACCGGUCCAAAAGCUGAACAGGUUAAAAUUCUCUCCACAGACAGCUCCGUCCUCAAGGCAAUGAAAGGAAAGAAAUAUGAACUUGUUUAUCAAGUUGACGAAUCAAUUCGUGGGAUUGAGGAUAAUGCUAUAGCCGAUAUCAAGACCUUUGCUCAAUCCGUAGUUAUCAUAAAGGCAACUAUCUUUCCGGAUAACGGGGGAUUCCUUUCAGUUGCCACCGGCAUUGUCAAGAAACUUCAAUCUUCUAAGCUCCAUGUGUAUGCUCGUCUUUUCAGAAAUGAAUUUGUAAGCCAAGCAUAUGACUUCAACUCUGACCCAAUUGUCGAGAUCAAUUCCUUCGUGAUGGGUGCUGGAGUAGACGGCGUCAUUACGGACUUUCCAAAAUCUGCAGCUCAAUACAAGAGGAAUUCAUGUCUAAAGCUGAAGAACUUACCGGUAUAUAUGCAACCAGUUCAACCGGAUCAUUUCCUCCGACUCAUCAACCCCGCUGUUCUGGGCCCCGUUCAAGCUCCUAGCCCGCUUCUUGAAGCCAGCGAUUUAUCCGAACCGCCCCUUUCUCCUGCUGUGCUGAACAGCUCGACCACACCACCAGCAGAAACCCCGAAAAAAUCGCCUAGUGACCAAGCGCAAAUUUCUGCUUCAGCAUCAUUAUCUUUCUUAGCAAUGAUUGUAGCUGCUGCUCUGCUGUUGUGAUAGAAAUUCGUAAAAGCGAUUGGUUCAUGAAGAAUUGAGACAGUUAAGUUUAAGGUUUAUGAAUACUUUUGGUUUGUAUUAAUUUUAUUAAUUUCAGAUCCAAUAUUUAUACAAGCAUUAGGACCUAAUUAAGGAAAGAAAAGAUGCUUGGAAAAACAGCAAUUACCCUAAUUACAAUGAUCAAAAUAAGCCAACUGAAUAUUUGUAGAAUAACUUGAUUAUUCUUAGAAUAUCAGUAGAAUAUCUUAAUA